AUUAAUUACAUUUUAUAUGUUAUUUCAGUGUUUUUUUUUUCUAUUUGGACAAUUAAAGAAUUGGUUCUUAAAAAAUGGGGUUUUCUUUACAAAUAUCGAGAACAUUUUCCACCACAUCGUUUUUAAUGAUAAGACGUUUGCCAAAACGCUCUAAUCCAGGAUUAGGUUAUCAACUAACAGCAAUAGAAGAUGCGGCUAAAAUUAUACAAAGUGAUCCCGAAGGUUUCGAAGGUCUGGAAAGUGAUUUAUUUAAUGCUCACAAAUCCCACAAACAGCAUGAAUUAGAUUUACAAAGGCAAAAAGACAAAAUAAGGCAACAUAUUAUAGAAAGGAAAUAUUUUAAGAAAGAACAGCUACCGAACCUGUUGACAUACGCUGAAAAGGAGCAAAUCAAGUUUUUGCACUCAAGUGACAAGGAAGAAUGGACAGUAGAAAAAUUGGCUGAAAGUUUUCCAGCCAGUGCUGAAACGAUUUGUAAAAUUUUAAAAGCAAAUUGGAGUCCAAUGUCACCGAAAAGAAUACAUUCUCAUGAUACAAGCGUCUUGAGAAAUUGGGAAAGAUUUAAGAAAGGAGAAUAUAACGAAAAAAUUAGUUCAGAUUUGUACGAACAUCUUAAGAAGUUUGUUGAUAGGGAAACAAACAAUUUUCACAUUUUACAUGAUCCCACACAAAGUUUUCAGAAAAGACAGUGGCAAAAACCAAAGAGCAAUGAAUUUUUUUCAAUUAUAUCAUCUUUGCGCCCAAAAACUAAUGAACAAGUAAAUACUACAGCAUUAACAGAUGGUAAAACAAAAGAAAAAAGAGCUGCUAUCGAUGGCGGUGAUAGCGACACAUACCUUUUAGGCGAAAUCCAGAAUAAAAAACCUAUGACAAUUCAUCAGUUAAAAUCAUCAAACAUGUCGAAUAAAAGUUUACAGGACAAUAGUAAAUCACUGGAUCAAUUGGCUGCUCAAAAACUUAAAAAUACUAGUGGUACCGGUAUUAUUAAAGACAAGGAUACAACUUCGAGUACUAUAGCUGAGUUCGAUUACACUGAAAAAUUUGUCUCGAAUGAAAUCGUUAUCAACGAAGUUGAUAGAAAGCGUUAUGGCAUGAGUACAACAAAAGAGCGUAUUCAUAUACCUCGAAAGCUAUGGCGAAAAGGAGCCACAUACCGUGCGAAUGAUUGUUAUUAUGAUGAUGAUGGGGAGUUUCUUUAUAGAGUUCCCGGAAUGACUUCAAAGUAAAUGUUUAUACAAAUUAAGCUUGUUUUCUUUAUGAAAGAUCUUAUUAAAAGUUAUGUUAUUAUGUUGCGAUAUCUUUAUGUUAUCCUAUACAUAUUUUGGUAAACUAUAUUUAUAAAAUA